UUCAACAAACUACUCAGCUCCUAGGCCGCUAUUCGGCCACAUUAUUUCGUGAACAACAAAAACUGCAGGGUUCAAUCUUAUAUAUAUAGAUCAUCACCAUGGCCACCGCGAGACGCGCUAGAGCUCUUCUUUUCCUAGGCUUAGCUUUGCUUUCCUGCGUGGUUCAUGGUGAAGUCUUUGGCCCCCAUCGCACUGGCGCUCGUCCCCGCCGUGUCCUCGCCGAUGAUACCAACUCAAAUGUUUUUGAUGUUACAAAGUUUGGUGCCAAGCCAAAUGAUGACCAGGCCGAAAAUUUUGAGCCUUUUGUACGAGCUUGGCGGGCAGCAUGCAAUGCCACUGUUCCAUCAACGUAUCUUAUUCCGAAGGGAACAUUUUUUGUUGCACAACUCAUAUUUCAAGGACCAUGCUCAAACCCUGUAACCGUUCAAAUUCAGGGAACCUUAAAAGCUUUGACGGAUAUCAGUGAGUACACUUCAGAAGAAUGGAUUAUGUUCGAGAUCAUUGACGGGUUAACAGUCACCGGCGGUGGAACUCUCGACGGUCAGGGUUUCGCCAAUUGGCAGUACAAUGACUGUAAAAAAAACUCCAAAUGCCAGCUUCUCCCACACUCGAUUAAAUUCAACAAAGUGAAUAAUUCUGCAGUGUACGGGCUCACCUCCCUGAAUAGCAUGUCGUUCCAUGUGUUUAUUACGGGAUGCAACAACAUCACAGCUUACAACCUUAACAUAUCUGCCCCCAGUAACAGUCCAAACACGGAUGGCAUUCACAUUAGCAGUUCGUCCCUGGUCAAUAUUACUAAUAGUACCAUUGCAACCGGCGAUGACUGUAUCUCAAUCGGACAAGGUAACACCAACAUUUCCGUCUCCAAGAUUGUCUGUGGUCCAGGACAUGGCAUUAGUGUUGGAAGCCUUGGAAAGUAUGAAGACGAGAAAAAUGUAAGUGGGAUUUAUGUAAAGAACUGCACAUUAUUGAACACCACCAAUGGUGCGAGAAUUAAGACCUGGCCUGCAUCACCACCCCUUGAAGCUUCGAACAUCAUUUUUGAAGACCUUAUUAUGUACAUGGUGAAAAACCCUGUUAUCAUUGAUCAGAAGUACGGUUCCCAUAAACAUGACCAGCCAUCAAAGGUGAAGAUUAGCGAGGUACAUUUCAGGAACAUUAGGGGAAGCACAACGUCUGAGGUUGCCGUUAAUUUCGCAUGUAGCUCCGCGGUGCCUUGCGAAGGCAUUGAGGUGGCGAACAUAUAUCUGACCUUCAAUGGCACCACCAAAGCCAGUUUGCCUCCAAGUUUGACCUCUUCAUGUCUGAAUGCGAACGCAACCUUUGGCGGUAAACUAAACCCUCCAGCUUGUCCAUAGAUUUCCUCUCUCUCCCAUAUCCUAAAAUAAGCACUGUAAAUAUUAUGUCAAAGAUUCUUCUAUUUCUCUUUGUAAUUCUUUUACAUUUGAUGUUGUCUAUCCUUGAGUUUGCAGCCACGGUUGCCGGCUUAAUUAACUGAUAUAUGAUUA